UAUAUAAGGUCAUCAAAUCUCCAUUCGUUGUCAUUCGAUUGGAACUAUUUUGGCUACCAACAUUUCUCGUUUAAGGAAUUAUCUUCAAGUUGUUAACAAAAUGGCCCUGCCGCAGAAGCACUUCAAGAGGGGUUCUCCCAAACCGGAAAUUCCCGAGGAUGGAGUCCUGCGCUACUAUUCGAUGAGGUUUUGCCCGUAUUCCCAGCGUGCCGGUUUGGUUCUGGCCGCCAAGAAGAUUCCUCAUCAUACGGUCUACAUUGAUCUCAGCGAGAAACCUGAGUGGUACAUCGACUACAGUCCACUAGGCAAGGUGCCAGCCAUCCAGUUGCCACAGCUGCCAGGACAACCUGCUCUAGUGGAAUCCCUGGUCAUUGCCGAGUACUUGGAUGAGCAGUAUCCCGGCGAGGGCUCCCUCUUCCCCAAGGAUCCAUUACAAAAGGCACUUGAUAGGAUCCUCAUUGAACGCCUAGCUCCCGCUGUCAGUGCCAUCUACCCGGUCUUCUUCACCAAGAACCCACCGGGAGAUGCCAUAAAAAACUUCGAGACCGCUCUGGAUGUUUUUGAGCAGGAGAUUACCAAGCGGGGAACCCCGUACUUUGGUGGCGAAAAGAUCGGCAUUGUUGACUACAUGAUUUGGCCCUGGUUUGAGCGAUUCCCCGCCCUUAAGUACUCUCUGGAUGAACCCUACGAGCUGGACAAGACGCGUUAUCAGAAUCUGUUGAAGUGGCGCGAUUUGGCGGCCCAAGAUGAAGCUGUAAAGGCCACCGCUUUGGAUGCCAGAAUCCAUGCUAAGUUUAUGCGUACCCGCCAUGAGGCCAAGCCCAACUACGACGUCGCCUUCGAGCCCUUGUAAGGGAUCCAAAAUUUGGCUGAUAUUUAGAACCUGUACAACAGGAUUCAAGAUACUUAAAAUUUGAAUGUGAAAACGCUCAGCGAGAAAAUAUUAAACCUAUAUGCACUCGACCACAAAA